AUGCUCUCUCUCUCCUUCGUCGCGAGAAAGCCAAAAGAUUUCAUUCUCGACUUCUCCGUCUUCUCUCUGGGCGAUCUCCGCGUCUCUCUCAUUCUCGGCGUCUCUGAAUCGAAUCUCGUCGUCUCUCUCUCGAGUCUCGUUGUCCUUAUCUCGAACCUGGUCGUCUCUCUGUCGAACCUUGGCGUCCCUGUCUCGACUUCUCCGUCUUCUCGCUCGACUGUCUCUGUGUCGGAUGCCUCUGUUUUCUCUUCACAAUGGAAUGAAGAUAGCAACGAAGACGUAGAGAUUGUGUAUGACCGGAAAGAGAGGCGUAAAUGGUCACCAGUGGAAGAUGUUCUGCUGAUAAGUGCUUGGUUGAACACUUCCAAGGAUCCAGUGGUUGGGAAUGAGCGGAAAGCAAUUGCGUUUUGGAAACAAAUUGCUGCUUAUUUUGCUGCGAGUCCCAAGCUGGCUGGUUUGGAAAAGAGAGGACCGGUGCACUAUAAAACAAGGUGGGGGAAGAUCAAUGAAGGCGUGUGUAAGUUUGUUGGCUCCUAUGAAGCUGCAACAAAACAGAGAUCGAGUGGACAGAACAAGGAUGACGUCUUAAAGAUGGCUCACGCGAUUUACUUUAAUGAUUACAAGAAGAAGUACACAAUGGAGCAUGCAUGGUUGGAGCUUCGCCAUGAUCAGAAAUGGUGUGGAGCAUCUACUUCUAAAGAUAAAGUGCAGUCGAAAAGGAGAAAGCUAGUGGUUGAUCCACUACCAACCUCUGUGCCAGGAGAGGAUGAUAAUUCCGCACGGCCUGCUGGGGUUAAAGCAGCAAAGGCAAAAGCUAAAAAGCCUGUGAGCAAGCCGACGUUGGAAGAGGAAGGAAAGGAGUUUCACAACCUGUGGGAGAUUAGGCAACGUGACUUUGCUCUGAAGGAUAAGCUGAACAAGCAGAAAUUGCUUGAGAGUCUCAUUGUCAAGACAGAGCCAUUAACUGAACUGGAACUUGCUUUGAAAGAUCAGCUUAUUAAGGACAUGUUGGCUUAG